CCAGGGCUGAGGGACAGGAGGGAGUGAGGGGGGCCAGUCACUUGCUCCUUAUCUGGGCUAUUUCUUGGCAGACCUCAAAAUGGGACCAUUGCGGGGACGGGGUGGGAAACUGGGCUGGGGCCAAGGGCGGAUGCUUGCCAGCACUGUCAGCUGUUAAACCUAAGAGGAAAAGCGGGGCCUGGUCUCUGCCCCAUUCGUGGUCCCCACCUGUCUCUACCCGUUCCUCCCCUUUCCCUGGCUCUGCCAGGCUGUCUCCCUGGGCACUCGCCUCCCCACCCACCCUGGGGGGCGGGGCUUGGCUGCACCCACAUGUGGCGGAGUUAUAUGUUCCUAGCCAGCAGAGGAGCUGGGGAGUGUAGCACUGAGCUGGCUCAGGCAGAGAAGCGCCACCAUGGCCAGCAAGAAAGUCUGCAUUGUAGGCUCCGGCAACUGGGGCUCAGCCAUCGCCAAGAUUGUGGGUGGCAAUGCAGCCCAGCUGGCACACUUUGACCCACGGGUGAUCAUGUGGGUGUUUGAGGAAGACGUCGGGGGCAGAAAGCUGACAGAGAUCAUCAACACGCAGCAUGAGAAUGUCAAAUACCUGCCAGGGCACAAGCUGCCCCCCAACGUGGUGGCUGUCCCAGAUCUGGUCCUGGCUGCAGCGGAUGCCGACAUCCUGAUCUUUGUGGUGCCCCAUCAGUUCAUCGGCAAGAUCUGUGAUCAGCUCAAGGGCCACCUGAAGGCAAACACCAUUGGCAUAUCUCUUAUUAAGGGGGUAGACGAAGGCCCCAACGGGCUGAAGCUCAUCUCUGAAGUAAUUGGGGAACGCCUUGGCAUCCCCAUGAGCGUGCUGAUGGGGGCCAACAUUGCCAGCGAGGUGGCUGAUGAGAAGUUCUGUGAGACAACCAUUGGCUGCAAGGAUCUGGCCCAGGGACAGCUUCUGAAGGAGCUGAUGCAGACACCCAAUUUCCGUAUUACCGUGGUGCAAGAGGUGGACACAGUAGAGAUCUGUGGAGCUUUAAAGAAUAUAGUGGCCGUGGGGGCUGGCUUCUGCGAUGGGCUGGGGUUUGGCGACAACACCAAGGCGGCAGUGAUCCGACUGGGGCUCAUGGAGAUGAUCGCCUUUGCCAAGCUCUUCUGCAGUGGCCCUGUGUCCUCUGCCACCUUCUUGGAGAGCUGUGGUGUUGCUGACCUCAUCACUACCUGCUACGCAGGACGGAACCGCAAGGUGGCUGAGGCCUUCGCCCGAACAGGAAAGUCCAUUGAGCAGCUGGAGAAAGACAUGCUGAAUGGGCAGAAGCUGCAGGGGCCCCAGACAGCCCGGGAGCUACACAGCAUCCUCCAGCACAAAGGCCUGGUGGACAAGUUCCCUCUGUUCAUGGCUGUCUAUAAGAUAUGCUACGAGAACCAGCCAGUGGGUGAAUUCAUCCGCUGCCUACAGAAUCAUCCAGAACAUAUAUGAGUGGGGCUGGGGCCCAGGCCAGGCAGCUUCUUUACCCCAAUGGAGACAGGAAGAAGCUUGGGGUACCUGGCCACCAGGAUCUCUGGGACUCCCCACAAAGCAGCCACUUCUCAGUUUUUCACUGGAAGACAGGAGGCUGUGGGGCCCAGCUACCUGCUUGGAAAUCCAGAACCACCAAGCAGCCUGUAGCCUCUUGCCACCACAUUUCACCAGAAAUGGAGUUGCCUUGUCCCUCUCCAGAUGUGGGGCUCUCUCCCUGUCCUCUGGGAGGGGUAGACUCAAGCCCCAGUGCUGCCUGCUUUCAGUGUGUGUGUAGGGGGGGUGGGGAGGUGGCGGGAGAGGGAGGCAAGGGAUCCCCACUGCUGCUUCACACAGACCAGGAAUCCUGUCCCUAAGCCCAGUUCAGUGGCUAAAGAAGUACCUCAGCCACAAGAGGGAUGAAGCAAGGGCUGCCAGGGCGGGGUCUGGGCUUUUGAGCUGACAUAGGCCCCAGGAACCCCUUUGCUCUGACCUCUACCAGGCCUCACACAGCAUCAAUGGAUCUCAGUGUUUGUUACCAAAAUACAAAGAUCUCAAAUAA